CCCCUUUGGGAACCUCCUAUAACUCUUGGGGCAUUUCCCUGAUCUCAACCCAAGUCUUGAAACCCGUCAACUUUCUACCCGUAUACCCGCAUACAACCUCACAGGAGAGAGGCAGUCCGGCACUUCUCUCCCUCCUGUCAGCGGCACUACCAACCAUAUAUCCCUAAUCAUCACUCAAUCGCCAUCAACCAAGAGCCCCACCCCACCUCACCUGCGGCACUCCGCACAAGGGUCUCUCUCUCAUUCACCACCUCAACGACAUGGACUCGAUGACACCCGAUGUCAACAUGGACGGCAUAACCUUGCUCAGCCCAGCUGAGCUCAAUGUCCUGGCCAUGGAAAGGUUCAUCUACAAGCGCGUGGAUGAAGACAUGGUGAAGUACCUGGCAGAAGCCGCCGCUGGUGUCAUCCAAUGCGAUUCAGACAUGAUGCCUCCGCCGACGCAAGUAUCACGACGAGGAUAUCCGACGAGAGCUGUCAGGAGCACCAACACCCCGCUUCCCUCUCUCGAGCAGUUCAUCUGGCAGCUGGUCGAUUCCUCCAACGUGCAGGUGCCCACCCUCAUGUCCACCUUGGUCUACCUCCGCCGCCUCAAGUCUCGCCUCCAGCCCAUGGCGAAGGGCCUCCGCUGUACCACGCACCGCAUCUUCCUGGCCUCGCUCAUCCUCGCGGCCAAGUACCUGAACGACAGCAGCCCCAAGAACAAGCACUGGGCCCACUACAGCGUCGUGUCAACAAAGGAUUACAUUUUCGGCUUCAGCCGCACCGAAGUCAACCUGAUGGAGAAGCAGCUCCUCCACCUGUUGGACUGGGAUCUGCGCAUCACCGAGGAAGACCUCUGCCGGGAGUUUGAGCGCUUCCUGGCCCCGCUCCGCAUCGAGAUCCAGGACGAGCACAUCGAGAUGCAGAAGGAGCAGAGGCGGAGACGCCAGAAGAGGGAGCAGGAGAUGCGCGAGCGCAAGUUAGAGGAGGAGCGCCUCGCCCGCCAGCGCGAGCGCGAGAUGGAGGCCGAUCUCUGGCGACCUCUUGCCCAGUCCCAGGCGGCCUGGGUGGCUUCUCGGGAACACACCGCCUACGUCACGCCCCCAUCCUCACGCGGCACUUCGCGCUCUCGCCAGGCGACUUACACCCCGUCUCACUCCCGGGGAAGCAGCCGCGACGUGUCGCCGCCGGGCCUCGAGUCGAGCGGCUCGUCCUAUGCCGGCUCGACCACCUCGCGCGCGACCACCCCGCUCAGCGAGGCCGACAUCACCACCGCCCACCAGCCGUCCAUCUUUGACGGCCACGAAUACGGCGCCGGCGGCGUCUACGACUCGCCGAUGGACGUCCAGGAAGUCUUCGACGAGAGGCCGCCCAGCGUGCCCGAGAAGGACGUCGUCUACCUCCAGCAACAACAGAGCCGCGGCAGGAUGCACCACCACCACCACCACCACCACCACCACCAACCCCAGGUGGCGGCCAAACAGCCACAGAUGCUGCCGUUCGAGAUUACGGCGGACCAGCUGAGGGAUCUGGAGCAGUCGGGCAGGAACGCAUCUGCCAAGAAGUUCAAGGAGAUCUUUGGACGUGUGUUUGGUACCGCACGGUGAUCCAGCUCUUUUGCGAGCGGAUGGAUGAUGAUGAUGAUGAUGAAUGACAUGAGCGGGGCGCUUUGGCACCCUUUUCUGUCUUGUCUGUU